AUGAUUAUUCCAGUGCGCUGCUUCUCUUGUGGCAAGGUUGUUGGGGACCUCUGGGAACGAUACUUGCAAUUACUCGACCAGGGUGUCGGCGAUGGUGACGCCAUGGAUCAGCUGGGCUGCCGUCGCUACUGCUGCCGUCGAAUGGUCAUGACCCACGUCGACCUGAUUGAGAAGCUUCUUCGGUACAAUACGGCCGAGCGAGAGCGCGCAAAUGCUCUGGAGCAAUAA